AUGCAACUUGAUCCUCAGACUGGCUAUUUCCUGAACACCAAUAAAACCCUGAUUUAUUGUAAAGCUGAGUACAACAGCCGAAUCUUAUUUUAUUUCACCGUCUGGGAAAGUCUAAAGGGAUAUGGUCAUCCUAACUCUCUCGAGAAUAUCACGAGGGUAACCCCCACAAGAAGAGCCAUCAUGGAACUAAUGUCACGUCAAGGAGGAGAGGGCAAACCAGAGCAAAGGACCGCAACGACCCCCAGACCGCAACGACCCCCAGACCGCAACGACCCCCAGACCGCAACGACCCCCAGACCGCAACGACCCCCAGACCGCAACGACCCCCAGACCGCAACGACCCCCAGACCACAACGACCCCCAGACCACAACGACCCCCAGACCGCAACGACCCCUAGACCACAACGACCCCCAGACCGCAACGACCCCCAGACCACCACAACGACCUCCAGACCACAACGACCCCUGACCACAACGACCCCAGACCACAACGACCUCCAGACCACAACGACCUCCAGACCACAACGAGCCCCAGACCACGACGACCCCCAGACCACAACGACCCCUGACCACAACGACCCCCAGACCACAACGACCUCCAGACCACAACGACCCCCAGACCACAACGACCCCAGACCACAACGACCCCCAGACCACAACGACCCCCAGACCACAACGACCCCUGACCACAACGACCACAGACCACAACGACCUCUAGACCACAACGACCCCCAGACCACAACGACCCCCAGACCACAACGACCCCCAGACCACAACGACCCCCUGACCACAACGACCCCAAGACCACAACGACCCCUGACCACAACGACCCCAGACCACAACGACCUCCAGACCACAACGACCUCCAGACCACAAAGACCCCCAAACCACAACGACCCCCAGACCACAACGACCCCCAGACCACAACGAUCCCCUGACCACAACGACCCCAAGACCACAACGACCCCCAGACCACAACGACCUCCAGACCACAACGACCCCCAGACCACAACGACCCCCAGAUCACAACGAACCCCUGACCACAACGACCCCAAGACCACAACGACCCCCAGAUCACAACGACCCCCAGACCACAACGACCCCCAGACCACAACGACCCCUAGACCACAACGAACCCCUGACCACAACGUCCCCAAGACCACAACGACCCCCAGACCACAACGACCCCCAGACUACGACGACCCCCAGACCACAACGACCCCCAGACCACGACGACCCCCCAGCGAGCGCGAAACGGCCACGACCACUGGGGCAAAAACAACGACCCCCCUUCCGACUCCACCGGAAGUCCCGCUAACUGGCAAAUGGCGCUAA